GCUUAUAUUAUGUGCUGUGGUCUGUUUCAGGCUGGGCAAGAAUCCUUCAGAUCUAUCACUAGAUCAUACUACAGAGGAGCAGCUGGGGCACUUCUUGUUUAUGAUAUAACAAGGUUAAUGGCAAAGGGGCGAAAGCGUGACAUGGUACCUCAAGAGAAUGCAACCUCGGAGACCGAGUAUGAUGAUGAUGGUAAUAGGGCUGAACGUGAGGACCGCAGAGGUCGCACAGUAUGUGCAAAAGUAGGGAAGGCAAUUCAGGAGGGUCGAAAAAUUCCACUUGAAUGGAAUAGAAGAAAGGUUCCAUGUGGGGAUCAUUGAACAACAUUCUGCACUUAUCUUGGUGUACUUGUUCGUGAGCGUGUAGACAUCAACUACCUACGGUGGGGUGAUGUUCCUAAAGAGCUAAAGAAUUCACUUUACGAGUCGAUAACCGUAAGUAAAUGUUUUUACUAUUCUUUGUGUAAUUGCUUUUACUAUUACUCAGGUUUUAUCUUUUUCACUUUUUUCCGCUUCUAUUAUUUUUUUGACCCUUGUAUGAGGUUUUUUUAGUUUGACUUGUAAAUCGAAUUUAGGCGUCCCUUAUUUGAACUUGUUAGGCCUAUCUAAACUAAUUUUCUUUAUCUAAUUUAUUUUUCUUUAUCCACUCUUACUUCCGGAAAGUGAAAAGAACAAGACGUUAAUCUUCCACAUGUAUAAAUGUGGAGAAUCAAAUGUGGAAAUAUAUCUACUAAACAGUUUAGAGAUCGAUGAGAGGUUGCUAAAUUGUAUAACAAGUACAGCUAAUGAGCCAUUCUCUUAAUCUCUUUAAAUGUAUGUGUCUAAAGUAAGGAAGGAGCUGCCACUGGGAGUCAACUGUUCCUACACUGUGAACUGUGAAGUUACGUGAUAUAGUUCGUUUGUGA